AUGUCUUCUCAACAGUCGUGGGCAGCGUGGCUGCUUGAUUCCUAUGCUUCGUCUGUGUCGCCGGUGACAUCCGACUUUCCCUAUCGUCAUGGCGACACUGCUGCAGCUGCAACAUCCGAGUCCUCGCACCCCGGCUCUUCCGCUCAAAGUGCAACGUCGUUGGGAUCCAAUCCGUCGCCAUACGGGCCCUACGUGCGCACCGGUCGAGGCGGCGCCGGCAAUUUCACCUGGCAAACGGAGCUCAAGCCCCAAAGGUCGUCGUCUCGCCUGGACCUCGAGUUGCAAGCAGCACCGCAAACUUCUCUGAGCGAACGGCGCAAGGCAGCUGCUAGACUGGAACACAUCAAUACACAAGAGGUGGUGCGCAUGAGACAGAGCUCGGCGCAAUAUCUCUCGAUCGGCCGCGGCGGCGCCGGGAACUAUGCGGCCUCCAACUAUGAAAUAGGCCAGGCAAAGAGGAGCCCGAGUCUUCCCAUCAGCCUCAACUCCGCCAAGGCUGGCAGCCCGUCAACGUCAAGCCAGUCCUCGCUUCAUGCUGGACGAGGCGGAGCCGGCAAUUACGCCGCCGCGGCCGAGUUCAAUGGACGGUUGAGGAGCGAAAGCGAAGACGAAGAGCGACGCGCCGCCGAGCUGCGACGAGAGCAGAUUGUCGAAGAGGUGGACGGCCUGCUUCAGCCUCCUCCGGGAGCGUGGCUGGGCACUGGCCGGAGAAGGAGCGAAGCUGCAUAUGAGGAUGUGUGA